UUUUUCAAAGCAUAGUAUAAUGAAGACAUGUAAAUACUUUCGGUGUGGAAAGUACUUCAGAUACAAAUCAGAACUCCUUGUGCAUCAAAGGAUCCACACAGGGGAGAAGCCUUUUGAAUGCUCAGAGUGUGGGAAGAGAUUCCAUGACAAUAGCAGUCUUCAAUACCAUCAAAGAACCCACACAGGGGAGAAGCCUUUUCAAUGCUCAGAGUGUGGGAAGAGAUUCACUCACAGUAGUAAUCUUCAUAGUCAUCUACAAACUCACACAGGGGAGAAGCCUUUUGAAUGUUCAGAAUGUGGGAAUAGAUUCAGCCGCAGUAGCAGUCUUCAACAACAUCAAAGAACCCACAGAGGGGAGAAGCCUUUUGAAUGCUCAGAGUGUGGGAAGAGAUUCAGUUCAAGUGGCAGUCUUCAAGAGCAUCAGAGAACUCACACAGGGGAGAAGCCUUUUGAAUGCUCAGAGUGUGAGAAGAGAUUCAGUUUCAGUAGCAGUCUUCAAAAACAUCUGAGAAUCCAUACAGGAGAGAAGCCUUUUGAAUGCUCAAAGUGUGGGAAGAGAUUCAGCUGGAGUGACAGUCUUCAAAAGCAUCAAAGAACCCACACAAGGGACAAGCCUUUUGAAUGCUCAGAGUGUGGGAAGAGAUUCAGUUCAAGUGGCAGUCUUCAAGAGCAUCAGAGAACUCACACAGGGGAGAAGCCUUUUGAAUGCUCAGAGUGUGAGAAGAGAUUCAGUUUCAGUAGCAGUCUUCAAAGACAUCUGAGAAUCCAUACAGGAGAGAAGCCUUUUGAAUGCUCAGGGUGUGGGAAGAGAUUCAGCAACAGUAACAGUCUUCAGAAACAUCUAAGAAUCCAGUCAGCAGAGAAGCCUUUUGAAUGCUCAGAGUGUGGGAAGAGAUUCCAUGACAAUAGCAGUCUUCAAUACCAUCAAAGAACCCACACAGGGGAGAAGCCCUUUCAAUGCUCAGAGUGUGGGAAGAGAUUCACUCACAGUAGUAAUCUUCAUAGUCAUCUACAAACUCACACAGGGGAGAAGCCUUUUGAAUGUUCAGAAUGUGGGAAUAGAUUCAGCCGCAGUAGCAGUCUUCAACAACAUCAAAGAACCCACAGAGGGGAGAAGCCUUUUGAAUGCUCAGAGUGUGGGAAGAGAUUCAGUUCAAGUGGCAGUCUUCAAGAGCAUCAGAGAACUCACACAGGGGAGAAGCCUUUUGAAUGCUCAGAGUGUGAGAAGAGAUUCAGUUUCAGUAGCAGUCUUCAAAAACAUCAGAGAACUCACACAGGGGAGAAGCCUUUUGAAUGCUCAGAGUGUGAGAAGAGAUUCAGUUUCAGUAGCAGUCUUCAAAAACAUCUGAGAAUCCAUACAGGAGAGAAGCCUUUUGAAUGCUCAAAGUGUGGGAAGAGAUUCAGCUGGAGUGACAGUCUUCAAAAGCAUCAAAGAACCCACACAAGGGACAAGCCUUUUGAAUGCUCAGAGUGUGGGAAGAGAUUCAGUUCAAGUGGCAGUCUUCAAGAGCAUCAGAGAACUCACACAGGGGAGAAGCCUUUUGAAUGCUCAGAGUGUGAGAAGAGAUUCAGUUUCAGUAGCAGUCUUCAAAAACAUCUGAGAAUCCAUACAGGAGAGAAGCCUUUUGAAUGCUCAGAGUGUGGGAAGAGAUUCAGCUGGAGUGACAGUCUUCAAAAGCAUCAAAGAACCCACACAGAGGAGAAGCCAUCUGAAUGCUCAGAGUGUGGGAAGAGAUUCAGCUACAGUAGCAGUCUUCAAAGACAUCUAAGAACCCACACAGGGUGGAAGCCAUUUGAAUGCUCAGAGUGUGGGAAGAGCUUCAGUCAGAAUGGCCAUCUUCAAAGACAUUGA